AUGGAGGUGAUGAGGUCAGAGGAUGGGGUGAUGAGGUCAGAGGAUGGGGUGAUGAGGUCAGAGGAUGGGGGUGAUGAGGUGAGGCAGCUGGAGACAGCUUCCAAGAAAGAGACCCUCCAUGACACUCCAAUCAAGUGCCAGGACAUCUUUAAAGCCUUACCUGACCAACAGACUCUCAUCAGAGUGGUCCUGACCAACGGAGUCGCUGGAGUUGGAAAAACCUUCUCAGUGCAGAAGUUCACUCUGGACUGGGCCGAGGGUUUGGAAAACCAAGAUGUCAGUCUGGUGAUCCCGCUCUCCUUCAGGGAGCUGAACCUGAUCAAAGGUGAGCAGUACAGUCUUCUCAGGCUGCUCCAUGUUUUCCAUCCAACCUUACAGAAGGUCACAGCAGAGCAGCUGGCUGUCUGUAAAGUGCUGCUCAUCUUUGACGGCCUGGAUGAAAGCAGACUUUCUCUGGACUUCAGAAACAAUGAGGUUGUGUCUGAUGUCUCACAGCAGUCCUCAGUCAACGUGCUGCUGACAAACCUCAUCAGGGGGAAGCUGCUUCCCUCGGCUCUCGUCUGGAUAACUUCCAGACCUGCAGCGGCCACUCAGAUCCCUCCUGAGUGUGUGGACAGGGUAACAGAAGUACGAGGCUUCACUGACGCCCAGAAGGAGGAGUACUUCAGGAAGAGAUCGAGUGAUGAAGACCUGUCCAGCAGAAUCAUCUCUCACAUCAAGAGCUCCAGGAGCCUCCACAUCAUGUGUCUGAUCCCAGUCUUCUGCUGGAUCACUGCUGCAGUUCUGGACCACAUGUUGACUACAGACCAGAGAGGAGAGCUGCCCCAGACCCUCACUGACAUGUACUCACACUUCCUGCUGGUCCAGACCAAGAGGAAGAAGCAGAAGUAUGAAGAGACGAGUCCACAGCAGCUGACGGAGGCUGACAGGGAGGUUCUUCUGAAGCUGGGGAGGCUGGCGUUUGAACAUCUGGAGAAAGGAGACAUCAUGUUCUACCAAGAAGACCUGCAGCGCUGUGGCCUUGAUGUCACCGAGGCCUUGGUGCACUCAGGAGUUUGUACAGAAAUCUUCAAAAGAGAGAGUGUGAUCUUCCAGAAAACAGUCUACUGCUUUGUUCAUCUGAGCAUUCAGGAGUUUCUGGCUGCAGUCUACAUGUUCCACUGUUACACCAACAGAGACACAGAGGUACUGAAGGACUUCCUGCAGGGAGACUAUAGCAACAGGUAUAACAGAGAUCAGGAUUACCCAUCCCUGGAUGUCUUCCUAAAGGGAGCCAUGGAGAAAUCCCUCAGCAGUGAAAAUGGCCACCUGGACCUGUUUGUACGCUUUCUCCACGGCCUCUCUCUGGAGUCCAACCAGAGUCUCUUAGGAGGCCUGCUGGGUCGCACAGACAACCGUCCAGAAAUCCUCCAGAGAGCCAUCAGCAACCUGAAGAAGAUGAGCAGUGAUAAAAUCUCUCCUGAGAGGAGCAUCAACAUCUUCCACUGUCUGACAGAGAUGAAGGACCACUCAGUACAUCAGGAGAUCACAGAGUUCCUGAAGUCAGAGAACAGAUCAGAGAAACUCUCUGAGAUCCACUGCUCUGCUCUGGCCUACAUGCUGCAGAUGUCAGAGGAGGUUCUGGAUGAGUUGGACCUGAGGAAGUACAAAACAUCAGAUGAGGGACAACGGAGACUGAUUCCAGCUGUGAGGAACUGCAGGAAGGCCAAACUUUCUAACUGUGGACUCUCAGAGACUCAUUGUGAAGUCGUAGCCUCAGCUCUGAAGUCUGAGCCCUCCCAUCUGAGAGAUCUGGACCUGAGUCAGAACAAGCUGCAGGAUUCACAUGUGGAGCUGCUGAGUUCUGGACUAAAGAGUCCAAACUGCAGACUGGAGGCUCUCAGACUGAUGCUCUGCAGCUUGUCAGAGAUCAGCUGUUCUGCUCUGGCCUCAGCUCUGAAGUCCAACAUCCAUCUGAGAGAGCUGGACCUGAGUCUCAACGAUCUGCAGGAUUCAGGAGUGAAGCUGCUGAGAGAUCUUCUGGAGAGUCCAGACUGCAGACUGGAGACUCUCAGACUGGAGAGCUGCAGGUUGUCAGAGAUCAGCUGUUCUGCUCUGAUCUCAGCUCUGAAGUCCAACAUCCAUCUGAGAGAUCUGGACCUGAGUGGCAACGAUCUGAAGGAUUCAGGAGUGAAGCUGCUGAGAGAUCUUCUGGAGAGUCAAGACUGCAGACUGGAGACUCUCAGUCUGAGGUACUGCAGUUUGUCAGAGAUCAGCUGUUCUGCUCUGGCCUCAGCUCUGAAGUCCAACCCCUCCCACCUGAGAGAUCUGGACCUGAGUCUCAACGAUCUGCAGGAUUCAGGAGUGGAGCUGCUGAGAGAUCUUCUGGAGAGUCCAGACUGCAGACUGCAGACUUCUCAGCCCUUUGUUCAUAUUGUUGGUGUCCUGGUCUGCUUCAGUGAGAAUGCUUGUGACUCCGAUGUGAAACAGGAAGUGAAGACAGACAGAAAGCCUCCUGAAUCCUUCUCACCUGAACACACAACUGAGUCUUCAUACAGGUUCAGGUGUCCUGGUUCAGGUGAGUUCCAGUGUGCUUCGACUGGCCUGGUGUUCGUCAUGGCUCAGAAGGCGGAGCUUCUGUACAGGACGGUCCCUUGGGGGGAGAGCCUCCUCCAAUCAGCUGGCAAGCAGGCAGCAGGGCCGCUGUUCGAUGUGAAGAGUUCUGUUGAAGCUGCCGUCGUCCAGCUCCACCUGCCACACAGCGAGACAGAGGAUGCGCUGCUCCUGGACGGCCUGUUGUCUGUCGUCCACAUCACUGAUGAAGGCCUGAGCAUCUUGGAGCCGCUGGAGGUCACACGCACUCACGUGGUGGUGAAGGUGCCUCACCUCUCUAAAUUUGGCCUUACCAUCGAUCGAUUGAAAAGGCUUUUAAAGAAGCGGAUAAAGGGUCAAAUUCUGGUGUUCCUACGACCCCCGGUCAGAGAGGAGCAAAUACUGGAUGUACAUCUGCUGCAGAAAAACGUCCUUGUGGAGAAGGUUGCUGAUCAACACAGACGUGCUGAGAACAUCACAAACUCCUCCAACUGUAAGCUGGACAUUCAUCACAGUUACAGUGUGCACUGUGAACCUGAACCUGUCUUCAUUCAGCCUGAGAGUGAAACAUUUGAAUCAUGUUUUGGACCAAACUACCAUCCGACAUUUCAAGUUUUCGUGACGACGAGCACAGAGACAGUGGUUUUGAAGGUCAAGGACCAAGGUGGAAACGUAGUCUGGUUUUGUCGCGUGUUACUGAAAGGUCCAAGUCAGGAAAUCUCCCAGAUAAAUGUCCCAGCAGAGAGCAGAGUCCCAGCAGAGAGCAGAGUCCCAGCAGAGAGCAGAGUCCCAGCAGAGAGCAGAGUCCCAGCAGAGAGCAGAGUCCCAGCAGAGAGCAGAGUCCCAGCAGAGAGCAGAGUCCCAGCAGAGAGCAGAGUCCCAGCAGAGAGCAGAGUCCCAGCAGACCAGUGGCGGCUCUUUCGGACACAGUUCAUUCAAAGAGUGACUCUACCUGUGCUGGACGACCUUCUGGAUAAACUCUUUGAGUCUGAAGUGAUCAAUGAUUCUGAAAUGGAGAUAGCCAGAACCAAACCCCGAAAGGACAGAGCACGAGAGGUGGUGGACGUGGUGCGAAGAAAAGGAGCUGACGCCAGCAGGGUUCUGAUCAAUGCUCUCCGUGAGCUGGACCCGCAUCUUUACGAUGUGCUCAAGGAAAAAAACCUUGUGGAGUGUGUGUGAAAGCCCCUGCUAGUUUUGUAUUACCUGUAACUAGAGAUGGGUGUCAGGUACUAAAUUGUUACCGUACCUGAUUGGUCAGGUGAUGUGGUGGUCUGACCGCCGUCAGCCAGCAGACCCUAAAGCCACCUUUUCUUUAAUUUAUUUUAUACAGAAACAUAUAUGAACAUCAUAUAUUUUGAAUGCAAACCAAUUGACAUCAGGGGGAGACAUAUGUUAUAAAAACAAAUUAUAUUAUUAUUAAUUCUCUGUUCAUUUUUUUUUAUAUCACACUACCAGAGCCCAUACUGUGUACCUGUUUACUUCCUGUCUGUCUUCUUCUGCUGUUCCCUUUAGUGUUUACUUCCUGUCUGUCUUCUUCUGCUGUUCCCUUUAGUGUUUACUUCCUGUCUGUCUUCUUCUGCUGUUCCCUUUAGUGUUUACUUCCUGUCUGUCUUCUUCUGCUGUUUCCUUUAGUGUUUACUUCCUGUCUCUCUUCUUCUGUUGUUCCCUUUAGUGUUUACUUCCUGUCGGUCUGUUUAAUUACUUUUUGCGCUUACUGAGAUAAAGAGGAUGAUUUAAAUGCAGAAAUCCUAAAUUUGAUAUGUGAUUCAACUUGUAACACUGUUCAAACUGCCUCUGUGAAUAAAUGCAUUAGUAUUAAAAACAUGAAUUAAA